AUCUCUCUCUCAUCAAGCAAGGCUUUCGAUCUCAAAUGGGAUGAAAAUCUUUUGUCCAGGGAAGAAAGUAGGUCUGUACCAUUUUGAUGUCUUUGCUUGAGUUCCCAUUUGGACAGAGUCUCUUCCGGGCCUGUCUCACAUCUUCAAAUCUUUAAAUUAGGUCUAGAAUUAUUGUGUCACUAACUCACUCCUCUAUAAUUUACAUGGUUAUUCUUCCUAGCUAGCUAGUUUGAUGUUCAGGUGAUCUCUCUUCCUCUCUUUCAGGUAGCAUAUCACUUUACCUAUUUUGUUUUGGUCUUAGAGUUGAAAACAAGUACUAAACAAAGACACCUCAAGAAGGUUAAGUAACCAAUUGUUAUGAUGGAGUCGAUGGAAUCGUCUGUCCCACCUGGUUUUCGAUUUCACCCAACCGAUGAGGAGCUUGUUGGGUAUUACCUGAGGAAGAAAGUUGCGUCACAAAAGAUCGAUCUUGAUGUCAUCAGAGAUAUCGAUCUUUACAGGAUCGAACCCUGGGAUCUCCAAGAGAGAUGCCGGAUCGGAUAUGAGGAGCAAAAUGAGUGGUAUUUCUUCAGCCACAAGGAUAAGAAGUAUCCGACGGGGACGAGGACUAACAGAGCUACAAUGGCGGGGUUUUGGAAAGCGACCGGCAGAGACAAGGCAGUGUAUGAUAAGGCCAAGCUGAUUGGCAUGAGGAAAACCCUUGUCUUCUACAAGGGACGCGCACCAAAUGGCCAGAAAAGUGACUGGAUCAUGCAUGAGUAUAGGCUUGAAUCUGAUGAAAAUGGACCUCCACAGGAAGAAGGAUGGGUGGUAUGUAGAGCAUUCAAGAAGCGAACCACUGGCCAAACCAAAAGCAUUGAAGGGUGGGACUCUAGCUACUUCUAUGAUGAAUCAAGUGGGGUCAGCUCAGUGGUGGAUCCGAUCGAUUUCAUCUCAAGGCAACCCCAAAACUUUUUAGCACAGAAUUUCUUGUGUAAGCAAGAGUUAGAAGCGGAAAACAUGAGAUUCAUGCAGUCUGAUCCGUUUGUACAACUUCCUCAGCUAGAGAGCCCAUCUCUACCAUUAAUAAAAAGGCCGAGCUCAAUAUCUCUCAUAUCAGAAAAUAAUGAAGAAGAAGAGCAAAUCAACAAUAACGGGUGCAACAACACUAAGAAAGUGACUGACUGGAGGGCCCUUGACAAGUUUGUUGCUUCACAAUUGAGUCAAGAAGACAGAUUUGAAGGUGAUGGAGAACUAAGCUUUGGGCCACAUGAUCAUAACUCAGAUAUGUCACUGCUGUUAUUGCAGAGUAGUAGGGAUGAUGAAGAGAACUUGAAUGGGUUCUUGAAUGCAAGUUCAGACUGUGACAUUGGUAUAUGCAUAUUUGAGAAAUGAAGAUAGGGGAGGUGAAAGAGAUUUGUAUUUGUGGUAUUAUUAUAUAUAAAUGUAUGAUGGUUGAUGGUUCUUAAUUGGAGAGAUAUAUGAUAUAUUUUUGUAAA